ACAGGCGUGGAAGGAUAAAUUGUGCUUUUUACUGCACUGUGUAAACUGUCUGUCUAGUGUUUGUGUUUUUUAUAUGCAGGUUUUUUUUUAUUUUUAUAUCCACCCUCUGAUAUUUUGAUAAUAAUAAUAAAUCAAAUUUGAAUCGCGCUUUUGUGUGGAUGCAGCUUUGUGAAGCAGUCCCUCCGCGCAAGUUAGCGAAGAGUAAAUUUGCCGUUCCAGUAAUCCAAUCCAGAAAUCACUUCAAUAGAACAUUUGACAAAAUCAAGUUGGCCAAAAGAUCUCAAAAACUCCCAACAAAAUGUCAUAAUCCAAAGACAUUCAAGAACAGAUAAGAAAUAACGUCAUUGACAUCUAUCAGUCUGGAAAGGGUUACAAAAGCCAUUUCUAAAGUUUUUGGAUUCCAGCAAACCACAGUGAGAGCCAUUCUCCACAAAUGGAGAAAACAUGGAACAUCGGUGAACCUUCCAAGGAGUGGCUGGUCGACAAAAAUUAGCCCAGGAGCACAGUGACGACUCAUCCAAGAGGUCACAAAGGACCCGAGGGCAACGUCUAAAGAACUGCACGCCUUCCUCGCCUCAGUUAAGGUUAGUGGGCAUGACUCAACAAUAAAAAAAUAUAUAUAUAUAUCUGAAUGAUUCCCAAGACUUUUGGGAGAGUAUUAUAUGGACUGACCAGAUGAAAGUUGAGCUUUUUGGAAGGUGUGUGUCUCGCUGCAUCUGGCGUAACUGUAACACAACAUUUCAGAAAGAGAACAUCAUCACAACAUUCGAACGUGGUGGUGGUAGUAUGAUGGUCUAGGGCUGCUUAUUCCUUCUGGACCUGGACAACUUGCUGUGAUUGAUGGAACCGUGAAUUCUUGCCCAGAAAAUCCUUAAACUUUUAUGCAUCUUUUGUUUCCUUUCCCACACACGGCUGUAUCAAGUUACUUUUGGUCUUCUUUUCCUUCAAGUGAAUACAUAAUUAAACGUUUUAUUGUUGUUUUUAGAAUACAUGCUCGUUCACCAAAUUGUGAUCUAUUAGCGUUGUUUUUUGUUGUUGUUGCAUUUAUUCACGCAUUCGUGUCCGUCGCGCGUAGUUUGUCCAAGUCGACUUGCCGUACGACUUCAAAUGCAGCGAUACAAGACUUCCGCAUAUCUUUUUUUUUUAUUAUUUUUUUUACGCUAGCACACGAGCGUCGCUAAUUCUUCCUGAAUUAGGACUGAACUCAGUGAAGCCUCGACACUGUUCGUCCGUUACUACUUUACUGGAGUAAGCUAUCCUUAGUUAAAUAGUCGUGUCCGGAUAAAAUCGUUUUGGUGCACGGCAAAGCUUCUAGUUUACCUUCGCUAAGCCUGCUAGCCGCUCAUAAAGAACUGAAGCCUUUGGUGGCAACACAUCCUAAAUCGAGUGUGAGUGUCAAGUGUUGUGAUUGUCGUGUGAAAGUGUGUGGAAAAAGUAUGAAAGAAGAAGAGCACGAGGAAGACAUUUGUCGGACAAAAGAGGGCGAGCCACAACCGCUGGACGCUGUUUUCAAGCAGGCUCGUGAGGUGUUCCACACGGCAGACGUCGGCGAACGCGAGCUUCACCUUGAGCAUCAGGAGCCGGAGUCGCCCCGAAUUAAAGAGGAAGUGCUGGAGGAUGACAUCGGCGAGUUUCCAUUGACUGUCGUCGUGAAGAGUGAAGAAGAGGAUGGAGGAUCCCGAUCACAUGACCUCUCGGCUCCACGAUCAGAUAGUGACGACACGACGUCACACUCUUCUGACACUGAUGAUGAUGAGGGACACUAUGAAGGUGAAAGGAGACGUCAUACUGACAACAAACAUGUCAAAUGUUCUCACUGUGGCAAUUAUUUUUUUGACAAGUCAUCAUUGAAAAGACACUUAAGAACACACACUGGAGAAAAACCUUUCGCCUGCUUGGUUUGUGGUAAACGAUUCUCUUUAAAGGCAAAUUUAACAAGGCACACAGGCACACACACUGGGGAGAAACCUUUUGCAUGCUUACUUUGUGCUAAAAGAUUCUUUUUAAAGACAAAUUUAAUAAGGCACACUAGAACACACACUGGAGAGAAACCUUUUGCCUGCUCUGUUUGUGGUAAAAGUUUCAAUCAGAAGGGAGAUCUAGUAAUCCACACAAGAAGACACAAUGGAGAAAAACCUUUUAGCUGCUCAGUUUGUGGUAAAACAUUCUCUCGAAAAGAAAGUUUAACAAUACACACAAGAACACACACUGGUGAGAAACCUUGUAUUUGCUCAGUUUGCGGCUCAAGUUUCAGUGCACGUUCAAAUUUGACUCAUCACAUGAAAACACACACUGGGGAGAAGUCCUAUUCCUGCACAAUUUGUGGCAGAGGAUUCUCCCGAAGGUCAACUUUGACAACGCACACAAGAACACAUGCUGAAGAAACACACGAGUGUGCUGCUGAGAAGAGCAGCGGUCAUUGAAGCCGCAGAAGAAACUCAAGUUGUGUUGGUCAUCAUUGACUCCAGAAUCACUAUACAGCGGAAUCUCUGUUUACGAAUGACCUGCUUUAUGAACAAUUGGAAUCCCACGCUAUUUAUUUUUUUUGGCGUCUCCAAAAAGGAUUGAAACAGACACAUGCAAGGAUCCGUUGGGACGUCAGGGACAUCAUUGCCCCUCUGCUUAUUUUUUUUUGUUAUUUUCUCAAAGCUAGCGCUCAAAAUGGCUCCCAAGAAAAUGAAAACUGCGAGUGAAAGUUUUAUUAGGAUGCCUAAUUCUAUUGUAUUAAAAAGUAAUUACACCCCUUGUUAAAUUAUGAAUUAAUUGUGGCUAAUAACAGUUUUUGGUAAAUUUUCACUCAUCACACCCAAGCCUGUGCACGUCAAAACUUCUCGGCCCAGUUUAGCUGAAUUAAGCCCGCUAGCCGCUAACAAGAAACGUCGCUCAGCAGACAUCAAGCGUGACGGUAAAGUCUUGCGAUGGUCGUGCGAAAAUGUGUGAAAGAAGAAGAGUGCGAGGAGGAAAUGUCCAAAGAGGAAGACCGGCCACGUCUGGAAGCUGUUUUCACGCAGCCACGUGAUGUGUUCCACACAGCAGGUUUGUCUACUUCUUAUACUCUCACUUGUUUAAUGACUACUUUCCGGAGAUGCUUGUACGUCUCAUAUGUGCGAGUCAUUCAAAAAAAAUAAAAAUUGCAAUCCCUGUA